UGAUUGAAGCUAAAAGUUGCUCUAUACCAAGCCGUGCUGACCCAGGCCGACAAGACACAGGUUGAGAGAUGAUUACUAUCAGAGUGGCAUAUGGAAAGGCGAUAACUUGAUAAGGGAGCGUGAAUAUACAAUGAAGUGACUGGGACGAAAUAUGAGGGAAUACAUUGGCAUGAAUCUUGCAUGGCUACAGUAACAUUAAUAGUUCAUUUGAGACUAAUGGCCGCCCUUCUCAUCAACCCUAUUGACUCAAUGUGCUUCGGAAGAUCUGACAAUCUCAAGGAUCUAACUGGGAUAAUUCAGAUGUCGUGUCGCGGGAACAUGGAGCUGGGUCAAGUUGAUCCCAGGGAAGUAUUGGGGAUAUCGUUGACCUUAUCACAAUUAUCAAUACUUCCUUGGCAUUGUUAUUUCAAUAUGCUCUUUUAUCCAUUAUCCUCACUAGUGCAAUUCUCCUUCUUCGCUAUCAUAUCAAGUUUAUGCUACCAAAUGCCAACAAGCCCAAAUCUUAUAUCGAGCGCCAUGAGUCAUGCUUCCAGUUGAUCCACCCAUGAGAAGCAGGGCAGGCAUAACAGGUAGGUGUCUUCCCAGCCCACUCGUUAUUUACAGUGACUCACAUCAAUGUACUAGUUGUCCCUUACUACCUACUAUCAGUACUAACAGAU